CCGCGCUCUCUUCCACGCCGCUCUCUCUCAUACCCUCACUCUCUCUUGUCAUUUCAUAGACUGCGCUUACAUCCGCCUCCUCGCGUAGAGUGCCCCCGCAAGCCCUCAGCCUCGCCACUCCCUCGCUAUCCGCGAUCGGCAUUCUCUGCGUCACCCGACCCGACAAUCCAACUUUCUGUGUCCGUCAUGGAGGUGCGGCAAGAACACCCACCCGCAUACACAAACAACGACCCGGAAUCUCUGCAGCUUCCCUCGGUACCGACCCAGGACCCGCCCUCAGCCAACGCGACACACCAAAUCCACCUUCCCGACCUCAAAUCGCUCGGCUUGCCUGUGUCCACGCAGCUGCGGAACGCCUCCAACCCUUCGGACCACCACCAUGGCCACCCCAUUGGGCCUGUCGCCUCAGACCCGCAACAAUGGCAGACUACCGACGCCAUUCAGCACCUAUCCUUCCCCCGCGUGCCUUUGACUGCACCGCGCAGCGCCGCCGAAAUGGACGGUGCGAGCCCUAUGGAUACAGAGAGCGUCAUGAGUAUGGACGAGCAGACGCACAACAUGUCGCUCAAUUCCAAGGAACUGUUGGCUGCCGAGGCGAUUGUGGGCCUAGGGAACCCAGACUUUAGGAUGUCCCCCGCCGCCCACAACGCGAGGCUCCCAUCUCCGUCGAACGUCACAUCUGGCGAAGACCCUGAGCCUUUGCUGUCGCUGUUGACCUCGAGUCAUCCAUGGCUGGGCAAAUCGAUCAACGGCUCGCUGAACGCAUAUACAUCGACCAAGGCAUACUCUCCGCGCUUCGUCCAAUACAGCGCUAAUUUUGUUGAACGCAACGUAGCCAACACGGUGGGAAGUGUGGGUAGAAGGACCGGAGUUGAAGGCAGUAUCCGGCGGUAUUUGGGAGAGCGGCGGCUCAGCGACCACGAUUCACAGAACCAUAAGCGUCGGAGGAUUGAUGAUGAUGCUAUGGAUAUUGAGCAAGGCCUACAGACGCCUCCUUUGAAGAGCGUCAGGGCAAGGAAUGGCUCGGAUGCUUCUAUUUCCAGGGAUGAAACACUCCCUCCAUACGACGCCAACCGGUCUCCGGAGUAUGAGGAGCGCACCGAUGAUGCCGACGGAGGACGCCUGGCCACGAGACAGAAAGAGAGUCAGAAGCAGCAUUGGUCAACCCGAGUAAUGAUAACAACGUCUGGCCUAGGAGCUGCGUUAUCAGAGAAGUCACUACGGAGCUUGAAAUUCUGCCUCGGGAUUUUGCGCGAUGCGAAUGCUCACCUAAGCAACGUGAUGCGCGCGUUGAAGAUGGUCCUUGAGGACUACGAAAACGCAACCAGGUCCAAGUCCCGCGACUCGAGCAUGGCGUCUGCGGAUGAGAAGGGCACCAGUUCCCCGCAUCUCAUGCGCGACGAGCGCGACGAGCAAAGCCGACGGCUGGCAGAGCGCAUGAAGGCUCUCAGCGAAGACAUAUGGCAGACACUCAAAAAAGUCGUUGCCUCUGUCUCGCAAUACACUGGCGGAGCCUUGCCCGAGAACGCCGGCGUGCUUGUCCGUAGACAGUUGCUCUCCGUUCCACAGCGAUGGCAGGCUGCCUCUGCGGCUUCUUCGCAGAACGGCCAGAACAGGCAGAACGGCGAACCAGUAGAGGUCAGGGGCGCGAACCGCAUGCUGGCGUUCGCGAAGGAAGGACUAGACAUGAUGGCGCAGGUCAGCAUCGUAGUAGAAAGCACCAUCGUCAGCGCGGAAAAGUGGCUGGACAGCUUAGGAAGGAAGAAGAACGGAGAGGGCGAAUCCCCGAGAGACGAGAAGAGCGCAGACAGCCUUCCUUUUCACAACGGCGUGCAGCGCGAGAAGCAGUAGUUGGUUGAUGGCCUUGCCGGCUUGAGGCAGCCGGCUCUUUUCGAACUAGUAUAUAUAGGGGCUGGGCUCGGAAGGGACACAAUCUAGGGGCGGGACAUACGUCUGGCACGGCGGGGAAUGGGCUUUUAUCAGGCAGGGCCGAACUGCUGGCAGCAGCUUCACAAACGAUACCCAGAAGACGAGAGGCGUACGGCGGCUGUUUAGUUGGUCGGGUUGGUUGGUUAGUUGGCGGGCUGGGUAUCGGACGGUACAAAGCAAAAAAAAAA